AUGGCCGACCGCACGCACCUUCACCGAGCCGCCCAGCGAGGAGACAUCGGCGCUGUCCGCGCCCUGGUCCAGGCGGUCGACGUCAACCUCCGGGGCGGCUGGCGGGUAGAGUCCCCCCUCCACGCUGCCUCCAGGGCCGGCAAGCCGGACGUCAUCGCGUGCCUCGUGGGAGCUGGGGCCCACACCGAGGUCAGAGACCGGAACAACGACACCCCCUUGCUCCUUGCGGCGUGGCUCGGGCACGCGACGGCCAUAGCGAAGCUCCUCGCCUCCGGCGCCCGGGUCGACGCCGAUGGGAUCCCCCGCAGCGCCCUGCAUUGCGCGUGCAUGCAGGGGCACGCGGCCUGCGUCUCGGAGCUGCUGCGAGGAGGGGCCGACGAGACCGUCGAGGACGAAGACGGCAACUCCCCGGCCCAGGUCAUCGGAACCAUGUCCGAGUCCAUCGAGCGCGCCGAGGACAUCGCGCUCAUCCGCGAGAUGCUCCGCCGCGCCCCGGCCGACCGCGCCUGGCGGCGCCGCGGGUGGCUGGUCAUGCUGAGAAACCGCGACUGCGUCGCGGUGGGCCCCCUGGCAUCCGCGCGGCCGCCGCCGACUGCGGUAACGACCAGGAGCGCCGCGAGACGCGAAGCUCGGGUCUGGGCGAUCGGCGGUGGCGGCAGCAGGUCUAUCGCCGGGGCGGCGACGUCGCCGGGGUUCUUCGAAGGGCAGGGCCUUACGGCUGGCCACCUUCGUAAUCAUCAUCAACCGAAGAAGAGUUUUGGGGCACAGGGGGUGGCGGUUGCUCGUAGUCGCGGCGGGGGCGGGAAGGCGCCGCGUAGUAGACGGUCGCCAGCGACGGGGGGGAGCAGCGUCAGCGCCUGCCCGCCGGGCGAAGGACACGCUUCGAGUAACAAGAAACGGCCAAGAGGAGCGGCGAAACGUCGCGUCGGAAAGCGCGGCCGAGGCGGUACCGAGAGCGAAGAAGAGCUAGCGGGUAGACAGGCUCUGGCGAGCCUCGUCGCGCGACUGAUCGGACUCGGGGAGGAAGGCGCGUUCCGCUGCGUGCUAAGCUUCCUUUGACAAGUUGGGGGUACUAGCAUAUGGAGACGCUCGGUGACAUGGAUCAACUCCACAGAAGGUCUGCUUGAACCCGGUUUGGAGCGUCCAUGUGGUCAUAAUGUCGGGGAUGUGCUUACCAUACGAAUUUGCGCCCAAAGUUGGUGUGAUCGGUAGUACAGAACGGGGUGUCGCAUUCGCUGCUGUAGGCAAACAAACAAUUUUGUUGAUAUUUAAGACGUUUACGGGCAAGAUUGAAUUUUAGACCCCAAGCAACUACAUUGUGCAAGACUGCUUUGAAAGGACUAUGUGCCACUAAGAUGUAACUCACGGAAGAAAGAUAAUUGAGAUGAAUAAAAUUACGAGGAAAUCCCGAGCUCUGGAUGACUACAUUGAUAUCGGUCUUCACCAUUGCGUGUGUGACCAGCAGGGUGAGGUUAACCCUAUGAUAAGAGGCAUCGGAAGGUAUCCUUUUAUUUUUUGUUGUGUUGAAUCCGCUGAGCCUUUCGAAAUUCGAAACAACACAAAAUCGUUUAUAUUACCUAGGCAGGGAUUUCUGUUUGCAGCUGGCACCACCAAUACCACAUUGGAGGGGAGGGAGAUGGAGGGGUGUUUUCUUGCGUGCACGCCGCUCUUCGUCGUGCACAUACACUCGAUUUUCUCAGUAGGUCUACCCAAUACGCAUGAUUGUGCCUUGCAGCAGCAGCUGGUAAGGUGGGAGGCAGGCAAGUGUAUAGACAUAGAAAAUCAUUGGGUUUUGAUCAGAUGACUACAUGUACGCAUACGUAAAUGAUUGUCGACGAAUUCGGAGCGCUGGUUUCAUUUGGUUGGGGAGGUCGUCGAUAGUAUCGUAAGGUUCCACAACCUUUUCGUUUGAGGCUUUUAUGCAAAAUGGUGGGAGGUUGACCUGGCGCAGGAGAUUGACCUGGCGCUGAUAUUCCUACGGGUGAGGACAAUUGCGGGGCUCCAUUGAGAACAUUUGGAGGUUACCUCGGAUGGUUGCGUCUACGUCUCCUACAUUGACGAAAGAAGCCCUGCGGAGUCUGUACGGUG